AGGAAGGGGAGGGAAGGCGGCGCGCGGCCGCCGCCAUCAUGCGAGCGCCGCCGGGGCUGUCGCGGCUGCUGCUGGUGGCGCGGGGGUGGGGGCGCCUGGGCGCCAUGUCCCGCUACAGCACGGAACAGCGGGGCCGGCCCAACUCGCCCGAUUACCGCCUCUACUUUAAGAAUGCAGAUGGUAAAUAUAUUUCCCCAUUUCAUGACAUUCCCUUGUUUGCUGGAUCUAAAGAGGAUAAAGAAAUUCCUGCAAAGAGGUCAAAGACUACUGGAUCUGAGGUCCUGUUUAAUAUGAUUGUAGAAGUGCCUCGUUGGACUAAUGCAAAAAUGGAGAUUGCCACUGAGGAGCCAUUGAAUCCCAUUAAACAUGAUACAAAGAAAGGCAAGCUUCGAUAUGUGGCAAAUAUCUUUCCUCACAAGGGUUAUAUAUGGAAUUAUGGUGCCCUCCCACAGACCUGGGAAGAUCCAAACCAUACGGAUAACCUUACAGGAUGUUGUGGGGAUAAUGAUCCUAUUGAUGUUUGUGAAAUAGGUUCAAAGAUUCGUUCUUCUGGUGAAAUUAUUCAAGUGAAGGUCUUGGGUGUUUUAGCUCUUGUUGAUGAAGGAGAGACAGAUUGGAAGAUAAUUGCCAUCAGUGCAGAUGACCCAGAAGCUCAGAAAAUCCAUGAUAUCGAUGAUGUCAAGAAGCACAAACCGGGUUAUCUUGAGGCUACAAUUGACUGGUUCCAAUUAUAUAAAGUCCCUGAUGGUAAACCAGAAAAUCACUUUGCUUUUAAUGGAGAAUUUAAAAACAAGGAUUUUGCUGUUGAAAUUAUUAAAUCUACCCACGAACACUGGAAAGCUUUGCUUCAUAAAAAAGUUGAUGGAGGUGCUAUAAAGUGCACAAAUAUUCUGGUGAGUGACAGCCCAUUUUGUUGCAGCGAGGAGGAUGCCCGAUCGAUCGUGCAGUCAGCACCCGCAUUUAUGAAUGGAGAUCCUGUUUCACCAGAAGUUGAUUCCUGGUACUUUUUUCCCAAGUGAUCAACAAGGUCUUCUGAAUGUGCAUCAUCAAAUCUUAAAAAUCAUCCCUUUCUUUGAAGAUAGACAAAAGCACUGGUUGUUGGAUUCCUGUUGAAACAACUUUUCAACUUGUGUAAACCUUCUCUAAUGUAAAUAAACUCUGCCAUUAUAAAAUGAA